CACAGAGAGAGAGAGAGAGGCGCCUGCUCUUAUUCUUGUCGUUCAGUGUUUUAGUUCUGAUCAACUCGCUUGUCGUUUCCCAGGCUCGGGGUCUCCACGCAUUUAUGAUUUGGGAUAAUCUGAUCUGAACGAGGAUUUUUUUGGAUAUUCCGAGCGUCGUAACAUUUCAAAGCCCAGAUUCGUUAGGAAACACAAGCGCUUAAAAUACUUUCUUCGUUUCUCAGAGGUGGAAUUUUACGCCGGUGCCAACUGGAUCAGAUCCGCGGAUUCGGCUUGAAGAAAAGGGGCACACGAUUUGGUGAUAUCUGGAGGAACGGAACAGGAUCAGUGUUCGUGUGGAUUAAUAUCGGACCGUUUCGUGGAUUUGUCUUCACGGUGACAUCAGAGCGAACGCGUUAUCUGCACCAAACCGAACAAUCUGCGGGUAGAUUUGAGUGUUUUGGAUCUAAAACGGGUUCUUGUUUCGUUUCGUGUCGGUUCGGUUAGUGAAAUAUUAAAGACUGGCGCAUGAAACAGAUCGCCUGCGCGUCUCCUGCUCGCCGUUUCUCCGCCGCGUCCUCUCCGGCUCCGGACUCGGACCCCGAGAUCUUCAUGAUUUGCGGACAAAAUGGCCGUUUUUUAGCCGGGGAACCCUCUCGCCGUCCCGCAUGUUCAGGACCAAACGAUCGGGGCUCGUCCGGCGACUCUGGAGAAGCCGUGCGCCCGCGGAGGGCGACGCGGACACCGGGACGCGCGGCACCGCAGGCUGCUGCCUCGGGAAACCGGGUAAGCCGAACCCCGGCACCGAGGCCGAACUGAAAGCCCUGACCUACUCCAUCCUGAAGAAGAUCAAAGAGAAACAGCUGGAUGUGCUUUUGCAGGCGGUGGAGUCCAAGGGGGGAGCGAAGAGCCCCUGCCUCCUGCUGCCCGCUAAAGUGGACGCCCGGCUGGGUCAACAGUCGUACGCGCUGCCGCUGCUGAUCUACAAAGUGUUCCGGUGGCCGGACCUCCGGCACUCCUCGGAAUUAAAAAGACUGUCGUGCUGUGAAUCUUACGGGAAAAUCAACCCAGAGCUCGUGUGCUGCAACCCGCAUCAUAUGAGCAGACUGUGCGAGCUCGAAUCCCCCCCGCCCCCCUACUCGAAAUAUCCCACGGACUUUCUUAAACCACCUGAUUCUCCAGGUUCUGCUUCCACUGAAACCGGGGGAACAGUUUAUUCAGCCCCUAUGGGGUUCUCAGACUCUCUGGCUCUUCAGGAACGUGGAGAACAGCCUCACUGGUGCGUCGUGGCGUAUUGGGAGGAGAAGACCCGCGUGGGGCGACUCUAUUCCGUCCAGGAGUCGUCUUUGGACAUUUUUUACGACCUACCUCAAGGCACGGGCUUUUGCUUGGGUCAGCUGGCGUCCGACAACAAGAGCCAGCUGGUGCAAACGGUCCGGGCCAAGAUCGGCUACGGCAUCCAGCUCAGUCGCGAGGCCGACGGCGUUUGGGUGUACAACCGCAGUUGCUAUCCCAUCUUCAUCAAGUCGGCCACACUGGACAACCCGGACUCAAGGACGCUGCUGGUGCAUAAAGUGUUCCCCGGAUUCUCCAUAAAGGCCUUCGACUUCGAGAAGGCGAAAAGCUUGCGGAGACCCAACGACCACGAGUUCAGUCUGCAGCCGCCGACGGUUUUCACCGUGCAGAUCAGUUUUGUGAAGGGCUGGGGGCAAUGCUACACCAGACAGUUCAUCAGUAGCUGCCCCUGCUGGCUCGAGGUCAUAUUCAAUAACCGAUAACGCCGAGCCAUUCCUUCAUCGCCGUGGAAACGGACUAGCCCUUACCUUUCGCGGACUACGGUUUUCUUUUCAUCCCGAGAGAACGCAAAGGAAAACUCACUUGGACUGGUUGAAUAAAAGACUUUAUUGAAGAUUUAAUUAAGUGAAAUUAAAGCUAAGAUGUAUUUUAUGUUAAAUAUAAAUAUAUUAUUACGUGUAAAUACGAAGUUUUAUAUGCAUUGUUAUUUAUGUAUUGUGCAAUGUGUUGACCAGACAAUGAGAAGAUGCACUUUGCUUAAUAUAAAUGCAGACAAGAGAAAUGCCAAAAUAAAACAAAAAAUAC